CGGAUCAGGCAUGCUGGAGGUGUACUGGCUGCGCAGCAUGGAGGAGGUGCGACAGCUGCCGGCGCUGCACGACGUCACUCGCACCCUCUUCGAGCGGUCGUGGGGCGCCGCAGCCCGAGGCUUCCGCCGCAGCCGCUCCUCAGGGAUGGUGGCGCAGCCCGACCUUGGACUCUACAUCGACCGCACAUCGGUGCGGCUGCCGGCGGCGGCGUUGCAGCCUCUGCUCCGCCGAGACGGCCCCGUCGCGAGCGCCUCUGCCGCCUCCACCGGCUUCAAGAUCCGAGUGCCUACGGGCGGCGCCGCCACUAACGGCGGCGGAAGAGGCCGGGACGGCGGCGGAAGAGGCCGGGGCGGCGACGUCUACUCAGUCAAGAUGCUGCUCGGCCACCGUGACGGGGCGCGCGGCGGCAAGGAGUACUUGGUGUCAUGGCAAGGCUACCCGGGGGAGGACACGUGGGAGCCGGCCGAGCACAUUCUCGACAAAGGCCGACCGCGCCGCCUAGCACUGCACCGGCCCACCCGCGCUGCUGGCCACCCGUUCCUCCGCGUGAUCUCGGCCUACGACGCGCGGCGCGCCGGCGGUGGCGCUGCUGCUGCCCCCCUCUCGGGCGGCGCCCAUGCCGCCGGCACGACGCGUGCCCCUCCUCUUGUGCGGCUGGAGCUGGCCCUCGAUCCUCGCUCCGGACGAGUCGGCGCCUCGGUCCGCGCGGUGGCCCACAGCGCGGCGGCCACGCCGCGCAAGCGCAAGGCGGCCGAAGCUUGCGGGAGGCGCACGAGGCCGGCCGCGGAUCAGCCGCCGCAGCCAGCCGCCGCAGCGCACGCCGUUUGGCCGUUUGAGCACGCGCCGCCGCCGGGGCCCGCUGCCAAGGUGCAGCAGGCCGCAGUCGCAACUGGCACCCUCGACUGGCGGCAGCCCGCGGUCGCGCUCCCGCCGCCGCUCCAGCCACCGCAGCAGUGGCAGUGGCCAAACCCGCAGCCGCAACCCCUCGCAGUGGUUGUCGCCACGCCAAUCAGCCUGCCCUUCAGCCUGCCGACGGUGACCACGGACGGUGUUGCGGUGCUGCCCAUUGGCCACGUGAUUCCAGCGGGAUGGCCCGCAAAGGCAGUCUAGCACGAGGCGAGGUUGGGCGCGCAGCGGGGGGGUCACGAUGAUGAGUUGUUGGGAUCGCGUGAGCGCGUGCACGCGCGCGGUCGUUCGCGGAUGGCUAAUGGCUGCGGUUGUGUACUGUCAAUGAUUCUAAAGUAUUCGCAUGUGUGCGGUCUGUCUCUAGUUUCUGUCUUUGAUUGAUUAUGAUUUCAAUUUUU